UCCCCGUCGGCAUGGUGCUGGGAGUAAGUUGCCUAACGCUACAAUUCACCACUUGACGGUCGCGCGCAAUCGCUGACGCUCGCCUUCCUUCCCCCUUCUACAGAUGACCAAGAACCGCUGGCACGUUCCGACUCAAGUCCUUGGCUCCGCCCUCGCCAUUCUCGGCUACUUCCUCGGCCACAUGCACGGUGGCCGAGAAUUUCUGCACCAUAACGUUCACGCCUCUUUUGCCACCUGGCUCAUGAUCAUAAUGGCCGCCCAGGUCGCCUUGGGUAUCUACUUGAAGCUGCACCUCGAAAAGGGCAUCAACGGUCGCAUCCGCAGAUUCAUCAAGCCCGCCCACGGCAUCCUGGGCAAGGCCUCUCCUGUUCUGGCUUGGACCCAGUUUCUGUUUGGCGGCAUCACCUCUUUGGGCUUCUGCCAAGGCGACCAUCUCGGCCAGUGCCUGGCCCAUUUUAUUAUGGGCAGCGCCUUCAUUGCCUACGGCAUCAUCUUGACGCUGCUGCUCCUGGUCGGACAGCUCUGGAUCCGUCGCAGCGGUCGGUCGCAGGAGUUUUUCGACAGCAUUGUUAUUGCGGCCUGGGGCUGCGUCAACACCUUCACGGAACACCGAUGGGGCACGGCAUGGGUCAGGAACGACUGGCAGCACACCACCAUGGGCAUCAUCUGGUGGUGCGCCGGUCUAGUUGGUAUCUGGCUCAGCCGCGAUCGUGACGGGAACCCCAAGCGAAACUUCAUCCCUGGCUUCGUCAUCGGUGCCACUGGCUGGGCCAUGUCCGCCCAUCCCCAGGACCUGCCCAUCAGUGCCAUGACCCACAAUAUGUUUGGUAAGACGCUGAUGGGAGUCGGCAUCACCCGAAUUAUCGAGGUGUCUUUUGUUGUCAGGGACGCCCCGGGAGUCUCGGCCGAUGGACGCCAGACAAACAGUUGGCAAUUCAUUCCCGUUUUUCUUUUGUACGCCUCCGGUUUCCUCUUCAUGGGUGCCACCGAGGAGCAGAUGGCUCUCGUGGCUAACUCGGGUCUCGACCACGUUUCCUACAUCCUCAUCCUGUACUCGUUUGCCUUCCUGCUCUUCCUCUUCACCAUGAUGCUCAUCCACCUCUUCGACCGCAACACCAACCCGGACGGCAAAGUCGUCCUGGCCAACGGUAUCCCGGUAGCCAACGGCCGUCCUGGCGAGAACCGCCAAGUGCGUGAUGCCGAGGAGUUUGAACUCGAAGGACUCAUGAGCGACGACGAGGACGAUGCUCGCAAGGGCCUGACUGAGGAAACAGACGACGAGCCAGUUCUGGGAAGUCCAAGCAGUCCCAGUACGAUCGGUAAGAACAGCGACCGAGUAGCGCAGUGAGGGGACAGGGCGAAGACAGGAAGAAGCACAUAUUAUUCAUGGGCAUUGAAUGAAUAAAUAGACGAGGAUGACAUAUCUUGCAUUCAGGCUUGGCGUUUGGGUCCGGGGACGCUCGCAUAUUUGUUGUAAUGGGCUGGGCGGCGUCUGAAAAGAACAAGAAUCUAGCGUUUGGAAGAGUGUAAACAUCAUGUACAUAUUGCCUUCAAAUUCGAAAUGUAAUCAUGCCCGUCACGGCAACAAAAGCUUGACCAGAGAUC